AUGCACCAAACCUAUAGCAGAAUCCACAACAGAGUUACAGCAGAGAAAGAGAAACACAUACAAUACUCCUGGAAACGAGCCAGCACCCACCACGUCCCAGCACACAGCAUUUUUUGUUGUUGGCCGCUGCGCCGAUCUGCCAACCGAAAGAAGCCCAGCAAGCAGCCCCCCAGUAUACGCUCCGGAAGUGACGUCACAGAUGUAGAGUCUCUGGUGGAGCCUGUGAGCAGUGUGUGGCCAUCCCGAGACUGGCUGAAAUGUGCGCCUCUAUGGAUACUUGUUAUUAUUAUUGUAGCAGCAGGAAUGACAUGGUUCCUUCUAGAGGUGGAUUUCAAGCCAGAGCUGAGAACUAAUAAAGUCUACGCCUGUAAUCUGCGCAUUAUCAGUCAUUCCCUCACCCGUGACCUCACAUUCCCUGAGAGCAACAUGUUCAAAAAGGAAGCCACGCAUCUGGAAAAACUGGUUAAUGGUCUUGUCUUGGCCUCUGAGCUGGCUGUCUAUUACAAUACAAGCAAAGUUUAUGCUUUUGGAAAGGGCUUAACAGUCUACUUCUGGGUAAUCUUGGACGUCCCUAAUUCAAACAACAAAUAUGUCACAGUAAGCUCUGUAAGGACAGCACUUAACCGUGUUCUGACCUCCAAGGCUAACACCACAAAAGGCUACAUUUUUGACCAGUACUACGUGGAACCAUACUCACUGUUUAUAUAUGAGGCCAGCUUACAGAACAUGCAGAUGUUUUCUUCUAGUACUGACUGCUAUAGGUACAGCUAUGUGAAUUCUGGGCAAGAAGUACGUCUCCCAAGCCCUGACCACACCACUUCUUCCUGUGUAUGGCAUCUGCAAGGCCCUCCGGCGCACCUACUGCGACUGCGGCUCAAAUGGAUGCGACCUGAUUGUAGAGAUAUAUUGGCCAUGUAUGACACACCUGCUCCACUUGAUGAUCGUAUCAUCACCUUGUUUUAUGGCUGCAGCCGACCGGAGCCAGUGUCCGAAGUGUUAUCUUCUGGGAGCUCAAUGCUGGUUGUCUGGAAGCAGGGAAUGUACAGCUACUAUGACCCGUUCAUACUCACAGUACAGCCUGUGCCUAGCAAAACCUGUGAAGAAAAUAUUAUACUAAAGGAAGGAUUCCAUGUCCAGGGCUAUCUGAGGACACUUUACUAUCCCAGUUACUUCCCACCGUUUUCAAUGUGCACCUGGAAUAUUACUGUCCCAUCUCAUGAAUAUGGAGUCGCUCUGAGGUUUGAAGGAUACAUGCUGGCCGGACAAUAUACAUUUGCUCCUUGUAUUCAGGGACAGUGGAACAUCCACAACCGAAGGAAAUGUGGGCUACCCGUGCUCAGGCCAUACACUGAAAGGAUUGAAGGGAUAUCAAAUACCCUCACAGUAACAUUUUCCUGUCAAAGAUCACUAACUGGCCCAGGGAUACAGGCCUCCUACAGCCUCUACAAUCUGACAGACCCUUGUCCAGGGGAGUUCCUAUGCGUCACUGAUGGCAUGUGCGUUCCUUUAUGUGAUGGUGUCAAGGAUUGUCCAAACGGGUUAGAUGAGAGAAACUGUGUGUGUCCUGCCGAAUAUGAGUGCCCAGAUGGAGAGUGUAUCAAUGCUACUCAGAUAUGUGAUGGGAUUGAGGACUGUAUUAAUGGCACAGAUGAAAAGGAGUGUAACCAAGCUGUUCCCUGUGGUGCCUUUAACUAUAAAUGUGCAGAUGGAACCUGUGUGAAGAAGAUUAACCCUGAGUGUGACUCUGUUAAGGACUGCUAUGAUGGUUCUGAUGAAAGGAAUUGCAGUUGUGGCAUUCAAGCACUUCAAGAUCGCAUUGUUGGGGGAACUGAGGCUCAAGAAGGGGAAUGGCCUUGGCAGGCAAGUCUACAGAUGGACGGAGAACACAAAUGUGGUGGGACUUUGGUGGCUGAUAAGUGGAUUCUGACUGCAGCACAUUGCUUUCAAAUAGAAAGUUACUCUACUCCUGAGGUCUGGACAGUGGUCCUUGGAAAGGUGCGUCUAAGUCAAAGAAGCCAGAAGGAGAUGGCCUUCAAAAUCAUACAGUUGGUCCCUCACCCAUAUUAUGAUGUUGAUACACAAGAUUAUGAUAUUGCACUUGUAGAGCUUGACCACGCUGUGCCUCUUACGUCUCCCCAUGUGCAACCUAUUUGCCUUCCUGCCAGCACCCACCAUUUCCCUACUGGCUCCACUUGCUGGGUCUCAGGUUGGGGAGCAACUUAUGAGAAAGGUCCAGCCAUUGACAUUCUCCACAAAGUGGACCUUAAAUUAAUCUCUCAAGAUGUGUGCUCUGACCUAUAUCGUUAUCAGAUUAGUCCAAGAAUGUUUUGUGCUGGAUAUCUUGAUGGCACCAAAGAUACAUGCCAGGGUGACUCUGGCAGCCCACUAGUUUGCAAAGAACCAGAAGGACGCUGGUUUAUAGCAGGGGUGGUGAGCUGGGGGGCUGGUUGUGCAAGACCCAAAUUUUAUGGAAUAUAUACUAGAAUAACUCGACUUGUUGGAUGGAUUCACAAUGUCACAGGUCAAUAACAAAAUAAAAACAGAACACAUCCCAUCACCACACCAACCUGAAAC